GUCGCGAACAGACAGGAGAUGGGCAACAGUGGGUCGAUACCAGAAGGUGACCCACUGAGGAUUGUGAUGAUUGGUAAAACUGGUGUUGGGAAGAGUGCUGUUGGGAACACCAUUAUUGGAAAAGAGUUGUUUAAAUCUGAAGUGAGUUCAGAGUCAGUGACAGAGACCUGUGCAAGAGAGCGAGUUAAAUACUGCAAAAGAGAUAUCCAUGUGGUCGAUACCCCCGGCAUUCUGGAUACAUUUAAAAAGGCAGAUGACAUAAAGAAGGAGAUUGCGAAAUGCAUCCACAUGGCCAGUCCUGGACCUCACGUCUUUCUGCUGGUCCUUCAGAUUGGCAGGUUUACCCCAGAAGAAGAAAACUGUGUGGAAGCUCUGGAGAAACUCUUUGGACCUGAGGCAUCGAACUACAUGAUUGUAGUCUUCACUCAUGGUGACAAGCUGGCUGAGCAGAAGUCCAUACAAGAGUAUUUGACAGAAGGCCACCCUAAACUCAAAGAGGUAGUGAGCAGGUGUGGUAACAGGUAUUAUGUCUUCAACAACAAAGAUAAGAACAGAAUUCAAGUGGUUCAGCUGAUCAAGAAGAUCGAUGAGAUGGUAGCAGCAAAUGAAGGAUCACACUACACCGAUGAAAUGUUUGAGAAGGCACGGGAGAUUCUGCAACACGAGUGUCAAAAGACACCAGAAAAGCUAUUCAGCCACCGUGAGUUCAUGGAAGAGCUGCGGCAAAAAACUCUCCAGUUUCAGCAAAAGUUGGCUUUUUUAGAGGACUAGCUCGGUGA